AUGUCGUCAAUAGGAAACCCGUUCAGAUCGACGUUCAAAUACUUGCAACGUCAAGCUCACGAGAACCCAACAAUCUUCUUCGCCAUUAUAAUCGGAGCAGUUGGACCUGUCGCCGUCGUCACAGUACCACCAAUUCGUCGCAGCUUUGGAUGGGUACCAACAGAGAGAAUCCCUUCUACGUUUCCUCUACCAGACCGACCAAGAGAACAAGUGACCGGAUACGAUGAUUAG